AUGUCCACACCAGAUCCACCCCCCAUGGUGGGCACCCCACGCCCAGGUCCUUCUCCUGGUCCGGGGCCCUCCCCUGGUGCAAUGCUGGGUCCCAGCCCUGGGCCCUCUCCAGGUUCCUCCCACAGCAUGAUGGGUCCCAGCCCUGGUCCUCCAUCCUCUGGACACUCUCAGCCAGGGCCUUCUGGAUAUGGUCAGGACAACAUGCAUGCUCUGCACAAACCUAUGGAAAGCCUGCAUGAGAAGAGCUUGAGUGAGGAGAGCCGCUUUAGUCAGAUGAAGGGACUGUCCAUGCGACAGAGCGGCCACGGUGGUAUGGGGCCUCCACCCAGUCCUCUGGACCAACACUCACAAGGCUAUCACUCUCCAUUAGGUGGCUCGGACCAUUCCAGUCCCGUCCCCUCAAAUGGGCCCCCGUCUGGUCCUUUGAUGCCCCCGUCGUCCUCUUCGUCCUCCUCUACAGGCCCAAUUUCUACCUCUACACCUUUAGAGGGCCCUGGUGGAGAUCAGCACACACUUGGUUCCAACAACAGAUCUGCUCCACCAGGCUCCUCUGGCUCAGGAUCCAGUCUUGGAUCAAGUCUUGGGGCCGGCCUAGAAUCUGGUUGUCUCACUGGCCCAGUGGGCCCAGGUGGUCCGACACCAUUUAAUCAGAACCAACUCCACCAACUUAGAGCUCAGAUCAUGGCAUAUAAGAUGUUGGCUCGAGGUCAGCCUUUGCCAGACCAUCUGCAGAUGGCCGUCCAAGGGAAGAGACCAAUGCCUGGGAUGCAGCAGCAGCCCAUGCCAAACCUGGGUCCUGGGGCUGGAGGAGGUCCAGCAGGACCUGUCCCAGGGCCUGGCCCAAUGGGCGCUGGCUACGGACGAGCUCAUGGUUUAAUGGGAUCCACCAUGCCUCCACCAGGUCCGUCAGGAACCCCAACUGGGAUGCAGGGACAGAACCCAAACGGACCACCAAAGUCCUGGCCUGAAAGUCCACUGGUCAAUGCAGCAGCUCCCUUAAAUGCACCACAGAAGCUGAUCCCCCCACAGCCAACUGGCCGGCCGUCUCCAGCACCUCCGUCAGUUCCCCCGGCUGCCUCUCCAGUGAUGCCUCCACAGACACAGUCUCCUGGCCAGCCUUCACAGCCUACUGCCAUGAUGCCUUACCACACCAAGCAGAACCGUAUCACCCCGAUUCAAAAACCCUGCGGCCUGGACCCAGUGGAGAUACUGCAGGAGAGGGAGUACAGGUUACAAGCUCGUAUCACUCACCGCAUCGCAGAACUGGAGAACCUUCCUGGUUCUCUGGCUGGUGAUUUACGUACCAAAGCUACAAUAGAGCUGAAAGCUCUUCGACUGCUCAACUUCCAAAGACAGUUGCGUCAAGAAGUGGUGGUGUGCAUGCGCCGCGACACGGCUCUAGAAACUGCCCUGGAUGCCAAGGCUUACAAGCGAAGCAAACGUCAGUCUCUGCGUGAGGCUCGCAUCACGGAGAAACUGGAGAAACAGCAGAAGAUUGAGCAGGAGCGCAAACGCAGGCAGAAGCAUCAGGAGUACCUCAACAGCAUCCUUCAGCACGCCAAAGACUUUAAGGAGUACCACCGUUCAAUCACAGGCAAAAUUCAAAAACUGACCAAAGCAGUUGCCACCUACCACGCCAACACGGAGCGAGAGCAGAAGAAGGAGAAUGAACGUAUUGAGAAAGAAAGAAUGAGGAGACUAAUGGCAGAGGAUGAGGAGGGAUACCGUAAACUAAUUGACCAAAAGAAGGACAAACGUCUGGCCUACCUGCUGCAGCAGACUGACGAGUAUGUGGCCAACCUCACUGAGCUGGUCCGAGCCCACAAGGCUGCACAGGCCCUGAAGGAGAAGAAGAAGAAAAAGAAGAAGAAGAAGUUGGAGAAUGCUGAAGGUCAGACUCCUGCUUUGGGACCUGAUGGAGAGCCUCUGGAUGAGACCAGUCAGAUGAGUGACCUUCCUGUGAAGGUUAUCCACGUGGACAGUGGAAACAUCCUAACAGGCAUAGAUGCUCCUAAAGCUGGACAGCUGGAAACCUGGCUGGAGAUGAACCCUGGCUAUGAAGUGGCUCCAAGAUCAGACAGCGAGGACAGUGAGGAGGAGGAAGAGGAGGAGGAGGAGGAGGAGGAGCCACAGCCCUCAGCAGUUGCAGUGGAUGAGAAGAAGAAGAUUACAGACCCAGACAGUGAGGAUGUGUCAGAAGUAGACGUUCUACACAUCAUUGAGAAUGCUAAGCAGGAUGUGGACGACGAGUACAGUGGUGCGGCCUUUGCCCGUGGGCUCCAGUCCUAUUACUCUGUGGCCCACGCUGUGACAGAGAAAGUGGAGAAACAGUCCACUCUGCUGAUAAAUGGACAACUCAAACAAUAUCAGAUUAAAGGUCUGGAGUGGCUGGUCUCGCUCUACAACAACAAUCUUAACGGGAUCUUGGCCGAUGAGAUGGGUUUGGGAAAAACCAUUCAGACCAUUGCCCUCAUCACUUACCUCAUGGAGCACAAACGUCUCAAUGGACCGUACCUCAUCAUCGUACCGCUAUCGACUCUUUCUAACUGGGUGUACGAGUUCGACAAAUGGGCACCAACGGUGGUCAAAGUCUCCUACAAGGGGUCUCCUGCUGCCAGAAGAGCCUUUGUUCCCCAGCUGCGGAGCGGGAAGUUUAACGUUUUGCUGACAACCUACGAGUAUAUCAUUAAGGAUAAACAAGUAUUAGCCAAGAUCCGUUGGAAGUACAUGAUCGUGGACGAGGGCCACCGUAUGAAGAACCACCAUUGCAAACUGACCCAAGUUCUUAACACACACUAUCUGGCCCCGCGGCGAGUCCUCCUCACAGGAACGCCGUUGCAGAACAAACUGCCUGAGCUUUGGGCGCUGCUCAACUUCCUGCUGCCUACCAUCUUCAAGAGCUGCAGCACAUUUGAGCAGUGGUUCAACGCCCCUUUUGCCAUGACUGGAGAGAAGGUGGACCUUAAUGAAGAAGAAACCAUCUUGAUCAUUCGCCGUCUCCACAAAGUGCUCCGCCCCUUCCUGCUGCGCAGAUUAAAGAAAGAAGUGGAGGCACAGCUUCCAGAGAAGGUGGAGUACGUGAUCAAGUGUGACAUGUCAUCUCUUCAGAGAGUGUUAUACAGACACAUGCAGGCCAAGGGAGUUCUUCUGACUGAUGGAUCAGAGAAAGACAAGAAGGGUAAAGGAGGCACGAAGACACUGAUGAACACCAUCAUGCAGCUGAGGAAGAUCUGUAACCACCCUUACAUGUUCCAGCAAAUAGAGGAGUCUUUCUCUGAACAUUUAGGAUUCUCUGGUGGGAUUGUUCAGGGUCCUGACCUGUACAGAGCAUCAGGAAAGUUUGAGGUGUUGGAUCGCAUCCUACCCAAACUGAGAGCUACAAACCACAAAGUCCUGCUCUUCUGUCAGAUGACCUCCCUCAUGACCAUUAUGGAGGACUACUUCGCCUACCGCAGCUUCAAGUACCUGCGGUUGGACGGUACGACGAAGGCCGAGGACAGAGGAAUGUUACUGAAGACGUUCAACGAUCCUGAGUCAGAGUACUUCAUUUUUCUCCUCAGUACAAGAGCUGGCGGCCUGGGGCUCAACCUGCAGUCUGCUGACACUGUGGUCAUCUUUGACUCGGACUGGAACCCACAUCAGGACCUGCAGGCUCAGGACAGAGCUCACCGUAUCGGUCAACAGAAUGAGGUGCGUGUUCUGCGCCUUUGCACUGUGAACAGCGUGGAGGAAAAAAUCCUGGCUGCUGCUAAGUACAAGCUAAAUGUGGACCAAAAAGUCAUUCAGGCAGGAAUGUUUGAUCAAAAGUCUUCCAGCCAUGAGCGCAGAGCUUUUCUGCAGGCCAUCCUGGAACAUGAGGAACAAGAUGAGGUCUGGGGUCCAGAAGUGUCUGUUCGCAUGAAUGUGUGUGCUUGUACCAGAUACACACAAUUUCAGAGGAUUGUUCUUCCUAUGCUCUUUCCACCAAUGUAUUUCUUUUAUAUGCAGGAAGAAGAUGAGGUGCCAGAUGAUGAGACAGUUAACCAGAUGAUCGCCAGGAGCGAGGAGGAGUUUGACCAGUUUAUGCGCAUGGACCUUGACCGGAGGCGGGAGGACGCUCGAAACCCCCGGCGGAAACCUCGUCUGAUGGAGGAGGAUGAGCUCCCCACCUGGAUCAUGAAAGAUGAUGCGGAGGUGGAGCGUCUUACCUGUGAGGAGGAGGAAGAGAAGAUGUUUGGAAGAGGCUCACGACAGCGAAAGGAGGUGGACUACAGUGACUCACUGACGGAGAAGCAGUGGCUCAAGGCCAUAGAGGAAGGCACCCUGGAGGAGAUGGAGGAAGAGGUACGGCACAAAAAGACAACCCGCAAGAGGAAAAGAGACCGUGACUUGGAUCUUCCUGGUCCUUCGUCUUCCUCCGGGGGACGAGGACGAGGGGACAAAGAUGAUGAUAUAAAGAGGCAGAGGAAGAGGGGGCGACCCCCUGCUGAGAAACUCUCCCCAAAUCCACCGUCCCUCACAAAGAAGAUGAGGAAGAUCGUGGAUGCUGUCAUUAAAUAUAAAGACAGUGCCAGCGGGCGUCUCUUGAGUGAGGUAUUCAUUCAACUGCCUUCCCGAAAAGAACUUCCCGAGUACUACGAGCUAAUCCGCAAACCCGUGGACUUCAGAAAAAUCAAGGAAAGGAUCAGGAAUCAUCGCUACCGCAGCCUGGGUGACCUGGAGAGAGAUGUGAUGCUGCUGUUCCAGAAUGCCCAGACCUUCAACCUGGAAGGAUCACUGAUAUAUGAAGACUCUAUUGUUCUGCAGUCCGUCUUCUCAAGUUUGAGGCAAAAGAUCGAGAAGGAAGAGGAGAGUGAGGGAGAGGAAAGUGAAGAAGAAGAGGAGGAGCAUGACGAAGGAUCAGAGUCUGAAUCACGCUCAGUAAGGGUGAAGAUCCGAUUGGGUAAAAAGGAUAAAGGUGGAGAUCGAGGAAAGGGUCGCAACAGGAGAACAGGACGCACCAGAGCCAAACCUGUGGUCAGCGAUGACGACUCUGAGGAUGAACAGGAAGAGGAACGUUCUCCGAGUGCAACUGAUGAAGAGUCUUAAACGGAGACAGGAAGAGAGGAAGAUGAAGAGAUAUUCCUCUAACUCAGCAUCACAUACACAGUAAAUACAGAUACACCUUUUCACAACUCCAUUCCAAAUUGAAGAGCACUAAAAUUAAAUUUUACAAGGACAAAAAAAAACAUGAUUAUAGUGUUCUCUCGUCAGUAAAAAAAAAAAAGAAAAACAAAUGUGAACGAGGUAAUAAAAGAUAAUAAAACUGAGCCACUCUUAAAGACAGAACAUCUGUUUUAAAAACACUGACUACAAAUGUACAGACCAAUAAAUUGACCAGUCCCAUUAGUUAGUACUAAAACAAAGGCAUUAGUUAUUAAAAUAAAUAAAAGAAUUGUUUCAAACUAAAUGUUUUGCCAGUUGCAGCCCACCCCUCUGUUGUACAGUCCAAACUGUUUUUAUAAAUAAUUAUAGGACAGUUUUACCAACCACGUACAUCAUUUAAGGGCUUCUUUCAAAGACUCUAGAUCAGAUACGGAAAAAAAAUAGGUUAUGCUUCAACAAAUAAUCCUCCUUUGGUUGUCCAUGGUAAUGCCAUUGGUCGGUUAGUCCACAGUUGUAACGACAAACCUGAGGGUGAUUUUUCAGAUACUCUCCAACCAAACGACUACUACAAGGCCCAUGUACAGUACAACGACAGGGUUUCCAGGGUGUGACUUUUUUAUUUUAUCCUGGUUUACGUCUUCUUCACCUGUAGGUCGCAGGUUUAUUGUCUUUAUUUAAUACUUUUUGACCGCUUUGAACCAUUAAGCUUCUCUAUUAUAUCAGAGACAGUCAUGACAGAAGCUUUUAACCCCUAACAUUAAAACAACAACCCAGGAAUUUGUAUAAUAUUAUUAUUUACCUGUUUUAUUCCUUCUUUUAUUUGUUUUUAUUUUUGUAAUUACUGUCUAUUUAUUGACUGACUAUUUAUUUGUAAUUAUUUAUUUAUUCUGUUUAUUUACCUUCAAGAAAACUUGAAAACCGAAUGUUAGUAUUAACUUAUUAACCUUUAAUCUAAGGUAAUUAAUGGUUUUGUUUAAUUAAAUAUUAAAGUUAUCAGAGAAAAAAAUCGAUCUGUUUAAAACACAAAUCUCUAGUAAUUCCAGCACUAGUAGAAGAAACAAGGGAACAUUUGGUCCAACAAAGAUAAAAUUGUCCUUCUUUUAGUUAAUAGUUAAUUACAUUAAUUGAUAGUUACAGUCAAUUAGAGCACAAGGUGGGCAAAUGAACUGGAGCUGCGAAAACAGUGACUGAAAAAACACUAGAAAAUACAGUUAAGUAAGGUCCAGUAAGGUUACAGUAAGGUCCAUCAGAGGUUGAAUGAUCUGGUUAUGGUCUGGCAGUAAAAACGUCAGGUGAAACAAGCCUCCAGGAAGAUGAAUGAGUGUAGAGAGUGUGAAACCAGAUAACACAGCAGCCACACCCAGUCUUCAAGACGACUCUAGACAACACGCCUCAAAAGUCCUGGCUCUUUAGUGGUCCCCACCCUUUUUUGUAUCAAAGACCGGUCGCCCACUACCAGGCAGUACCGCUGACCAGCUCUCUCUGUGGGGAACCCUGUGGCUUAACUGUUCAGACUGAGUGAAGUCUUACAUUUUCAGGGGCAGCUGCAGCUCUAGACACUAACCAGGGCUGUGCAGGUGCAGUCAGUCCACCCUGAACAGACUUUACUUUAGUUAACUAAGGACACGAGGAGAUAUCUGACAUGUUAUACAGUGACAGGGUAGCUGUAGGGAAGCAGUCGGUCUCUGUUUGUAAAUCGUAGAAGAGCUAAGUCUUUAUUGGACCAAAAUGUCCUUGGUGAAAAACAGCAUUUCUGACGUGUGUAUUUGUCCUCUAAUGAACCCAGAGAUGAUGUGAGAAUGAAAAUUUUAACUUUGUGGCUGUGUUGUAACGACUUUGAGCCACUGGGAGGUCACCUUGUGUGCAUACGUCACAUAUGUGUGAUAAGACUGAAUGUUCGAAAUAGGUGCAGGGUGUGACCUCCCACUGCAGGUAUUUGACUGAGGGUAAGUAGAAUCUUCUGGCUCACUGUCCAGUGCGGUCCAGUGUGUAAAUACAAACUCUUUGCUCAUUGCUGCUACCUACCUGUUAAACCUCCAGUAUUAGCAGUACAUAACUGUUGUUGUCGACAUCGGAAUCGUGAGGUUUUGUAUAUCAAUCAGUACUGUACCUUUAUUUGCUUCUGAUUUAAACCGUAGAGAUUUUAGGAUUUGAUGUUUAUAGCCACCAUGGGUUCUGUUUGUGAUUUCGAGUCAGAGAACCAGAAGGACCAUGACUCCUCUCUGCUUACCAAUGUCUGAUGGCUGAAUGUGGUUGGAUAUUUUGCACAGGGUUUUUCUGUUAUUGUUUUUUUUUUUUUAAUUAUGUCCAUGCAUGUGUGUACAACUCUUGUAAGUUCAACACUGAACUCUUUUCUCCUGUGUAAGGUUACUAAAACGAGCAUAGAACCAAAGCAUCAAUGUUUUUGCCACUAACCUACGAAGAACUCUCUGUUGUAUUGUGUCAAAAUUGCCAGAAUUUGAGAUGUAAUUAAAAAAAACACUGUAAAAGU